AUGGUUUCAGACUCAAAAGAAGAACUUCCUAUUGAAAUGCAUCAUCAUCCAGCGACUACAACAGAUGCUUCAUCAACCGCUCAUGAAAUUGAUUUGUGUAGUUUGAUCUUAAUCGGUCUUUCAUAUAUUCUAAUGUUCGUUACAAUUCCAUUUUCAAUGUUUUUUUGCAUCAAGAUUGUACAAGAAUAUGAACGAGCUGUUAUUCUUCGUCUUGGUCGUAUAUUACCAGGCGGCGCAAAAGGACCUGGUCUAUUUUGUAUUUUACCGUGUGUUGAUGCAAUCAUUACAAUUGAUUUACGAACAGCAACAUUUAAUGUGCCACCUCAAGAAGUUUUAACACGUGACUCAGUAACUGUAUCAGUCGAUGCAGUUGUUUACAGUCGAGUUUUCAAUCCGUCUAUCAGUGUUACUAAUGUUAAAAAUCACCAAUAUGCUACACAAUUACUUGCACAAACAACAUUAAGAAAUAUACUCGGUACAAAAACUCUUCAAGAAAUUCUUAGUGACCGUGAAAGUAUCGCACAAAAUAUGCAGGUUCAUCUUGAUGAAGGAACUGGUCCAUGGGGUGUAAAAGUUGAACGUGUUGAAAUUACGGACGUUCGUUUACCUCAAUCGAUGCAACGAUCAAUGGCUGCUGAAGCUGAAGCAACACGUGAAGCUCGUGCUAAAGUUAUUGCUGCUGAAGGCGAACAACGAGCAUCUAGACAGUUAAAAGAAGCUGCUGACGUUAUUGCUACGUCGCCAAUCGCUUUACAACUACGAUAUUUACAAACAUUAACACAAAUUUCUGCUGAGAAGAAUUCAACAAUUAUUUUUCCAGUUCCAAUUGAAUUAUUGAAUAUGGUUCGGCAUCAAGCUUAA